AUGGCGUCCGAAGUCGCAAUGAGCCAGGACAACACGCCCGUUCCCUCGACCGAGGGCGCAACCCAAGGUCAGGCCAUGUCUGAAGCCGAGCUGGACCAGAUGCAGAGCAUUCUCGACUUUGUCUACGACUACAGAACCCCCGACGGCCAUGACCCCUCCAAAGUUUUCCACCGCAAGGUCAACAAACGCGCCCUUCCCCACUACUACGAGGUCAUCAAGGAGCCUAUGGCUAUGAGCACCAUCAAGGCCAGGAUCAACAACAAAGAAUACAAGAGCUGGGCCGACUUUGUGCGCGACUGGGCUUUGAUCGUUUUCAACGCCCAAACCUACAACAGAGCAGACGCCGGCGCAUACCAGGAUGCCCUGACCAUUCGCGAUGUCGUCGGCACCGAACUCAAGAAGCUCGUCGACCUCAAGGUCAUCUCAGAAGACGUUUCCAGAUUCCCCUACCUUGGCGAGAUCCCGCCUCAGGACGACAUUGUGGAGGAAGAGGAUGACGACGAGGAUGAAGAUGAUGAAGAAGACGACGACAUAGGCGGAGACGACUCGGACGAAGAUGGCGGUAAACGUAAGAGAAAGCGCGGCCGCCCGUCAAAACGCGAUCGCGACUUGGACAAAGACGACGACCCCGAAACCAGAAAGAAGCGCGGCAGACCACCAAAGGUCCUCACUCCUGUCGAAGCUCGCAUCCAAGCUGUCCUCAAGGGCAUCAGGAAACCCAAAGGCCCCGGCGGGCUCAAAAUUGGAAGCUUUGAACGUCUACCCGACAAGGCAGUCAUGCCCGAGUAUUACUCCGAGAUACGAGAACCCAUGGCAUUCGAUGUUCUGAAGCGCAAGCUCAAGAGGAAGAAGUACCAAUCACUCGAGCAGUUCAUGAAAGAUGUGGAUCUUAUGUUCAACAAUGCAAAGUCAUACAACGAGGACGAUAGCCAGAUUCACAGGGAUGCUGUCGAGCUGCAAACCGAGGCGCACCGUCUGGCCAACGAGGAACGCAACAAGCCCGACUCAGACUAUGCCAUGGAUGAAGGCAGAAUACCCCUGCCCAAUGGUAUUCUCUACAACGGCGAGCUCUACAAGGUCGGCGACUGGGUCCAUGUCACCAACGCAAAUGACCUGACCAAGCCGAUUCCCUGCCAAAUCUACCGCACCUGGCAAGAUCCACAAGGCGGCCAGUGGGUCAAUGUCUGCUGGUACUACCGUCCCGAACAGACGGUACAUCGCUUCGACAAGCACUUUCUCGAAAACGAGGUCGUCAAGACUGGCCAGUACCGCGAUCAUCGUGUUGACGAGAUCAUUGGCAGAUGCUUCAUCAUGUUUACCACACGCUACUACAAAGGUCGCCCACGUCGCCAACCCGCUGACUUGGACGUCUACGUGUGCGAGGCUCGCUACAACGAGGAGAAGUUCAAGUUCAAUAAGAUCAAGACGUGGGCCAGUUGUUUGCCGGAUGAGGUACGCGACAGAGACUACGAGAUGGAUCUGUUCGACCAGCCGCGCAAGAUGAGAAAGAUAGCCAGUCCCAUCGCAUACCUGCUCAAGGACACUGACAAGGAGACGGACGACAUGCCCAAGCCUGAGUGGGGAGCGGAGAAUGCUCCUCCCAAGAUUGGCGCCGUCCACAGACGCCCUCGCGAUCCCAGAGACUCUCCACCUCCAGCGCCCACUCCCUCGCCGCCGCCUCAGCCUGCCAUCGCUCAGGCUCUGCCCCGUCAAUCUCAGCCUUUGCACAUGUCGCCGUCCAAUUCAGCUGCUACCAUGCAGGCCUAUUCGCCCAUGCAGUCUCAGAUGACGCCCAUGCAAACGGCUGCCCAACCCGUCCGUCCUAUGCAAUCAAUGGCACGUCCCUCGCACACUCCUGCUCCCAUCCAGCAACACUACUCGCAAAACCAUUCGGCCUCGCCUGCACCAAUGCCUAGUCUUCAACGCGCUUCCUCUGGCCAGUUCAAUCCCGCCACCCCUCAACACAUGAGCGCCAUGCCUCUGCCUCGCACCGCUAGCCACCCUUCAACCUUCCAAACUCAAGCUCCUGCUAUCCCUCCCGCUCCAUCCGCUUCGCAAAGCCGCUCGUCAUACCGUGAUCCCGUACCCAUCGAAGUCUGGACGCUACCCGAUGCCGCCAACGCCAGCAUCCCAUCCGAAAUCCGCAGCAUGUAUCAAACAGACGAUCAAGGCCGCAUACUCUUCUUCUCUGCCCCUCCCAUCCAACUAGCCGAAGAGGCCAACGACCCCAACAAGAACCUUGGCCAUAGCCUCCACUACAUGGCGGAAAGGUCUCGUCGCACUCAAGAAAUCGUCGCCAGACGCAAAGCCUAUGAAGAAGGCAAGGCCGCUCUCGCAGCUAAGAAGAAGCGCCAACGCGAGGUUGACGAAGAGAUGCGCAAUGCAGACUACGAAACCCAAAAGGCUAGAGCUCUUGCUAUGUUGAACUCGCACCUCACGCGCAGUACUGCCUGGGAACUCAAAGCCAUGUACGGUGAAGAGGGUUGGAAGGAGGGUAUGGACGCUAUGCUCGGUAACUUGGAAGAACAGCAGAAAUUCGCCGUACAGAGAAAGGUUUUGAUGGAGAAGAACUCUGCUCUUAGAGUUGCUGAGCAGGUUUCCCUCAAGUCGAAUGGUGUCUUGUUCGACAAGGUUGAGGAUGGUCCCUUCUGA